UUCGUAUAAAAGCUGAUUUCUUUCCUCUCGCUAGAACACAGUUCAGUGUGCUUCUUCACUGUUUGCUUAAGCAUCUUCAUACGUUUUUCCAACCGGUCACUUAUUCAAUUUGUGAAAGAACAAGUCUAAGGAUACACCAUGAGACUCUUUGUAUUGUUAACAAUUGUGGGAGUUGCAGUAGCACAAAACCAAUUCCAGGGACGACAGAAUCAACAACAAUACCAGGAGGAAGAGCGUAGGCCGCAGGGUAACGACAGACAAUUCUCUACCACCACCUUCAUUCCCAUACUCCAAUGGAAUAAGGAACAAGAGCAUGAUGGAACAUAUAGAACAUCCUACGAGACUGGCAAUAACAUAAUCGCUGAAGAGAGCGGAUACAUCAAGACUUUCGGAGAAGGUGAAGACAAAGUUGAAGGGCUUGUUCAACAGGGUAGCUACUCUUAUACCAGCCCCGAGGGACAGAUUAUCACUGUUCACUAUACUGCUGAUGAAACUGGCUUCCAUGCACAAGGUGAUCACAUUCCUACUCCUCCACCUGUCAGUGAAGAAAUCCAAAAAGGACUUGAUCUUAUUUAUGCUGGAAUUAGAAAGCAAGAGGAAGCUGCAGCCCGUGAAACAGCUCUCAAGUCUCAACAACCACUGAACCAACAAAUCGAUAGGCAAGAUGAUAGAAAAUUCCGCUUGUAAAUCGUUCAUUUGUCAAGUCAAAAUCUCCGUAAUUUAUUCAUAAUAUUAUAUAUUACGAAGAGUAAUGACUAUCAAGUAUAUUAUUGUAUACAACAUUUUAUCAUAUGUAUUUUUAUAAUUUCUAAAUCUUGUUAUUUUUCAUCAUGUUUGUUUUUUAUCGACCAUGGUGAUCGAUAGUACUGAAUAAUACUCUAUAAUCGGAUGUAU